AUGCCUCCGUCGCAAGCGCCUUUUCUUUACAGCGCAGUCCACAGCGACUCGCGCUUCCCAGAGCCCAAGUUUGAUCCCAAAGCUGUUACGAGAGCAAGCUGGACACCUCCCUCGCCGCGAAAGAAGCAGAAUGGACCUCUUGUCUCAUUCAACACGCAUCCUGAUAUGCAUGAGGUUCUCACCUACAGAACCAAUGAAUAUGCUUCUAUGAGUCCACGCAGCAAGAGCUUCAUCAAGUGGCUUCGACAUGGACAGCUCGGACUGCGUGUCCUGCAACUUGUUGCAGCUCUUGGUCUGCUCGCUUUGAUGAUUCUCAUCGACAAGGUGCCUACGUUGGAGGGCUGGGUCAUGAGGAUUACGCCCGGUGUUGUGGCGGCGCACUGCAUCUAUGGCAUCUACCAUCUUUCUCGCGAUGCUGCAGGACGCUCCCCUGCCUCUUCUGCGUCUUAUCAACUCUUUAGCGGUGUCACUGACAUUGGUGUUGCGCCUCUCUACGCCUUUGGAGCCAUGACAGUGCGUACCAAGAGUGAAGUAUGGAUUACUCGACUCUCGGACCAAGCUCUGAUGGACACCUUCAAGCCUGUCCUCUUCUACACUUUUGUCUCGGCAGGUGGCCUUCAUCUCAUCAGCUUGGCCAUUGCAGGCUGGCUGGGCUUUAUGUUCCGCAAGAUCAGCCUGAUGCCUCCGGACAUGAAUCCUCUUGAGAGUCAUUUGACCGCUCGACCCAAGCACAAGAGAAACAAGUCGUCCGUCAUGACCGCCAGCACUUUUGACAGUGACCACCGUCUUUCAUCGCCUCGCAGCGCACGCCGAGAAUCUCUUGUUCCACAAGAAGGCAUUCACGAGGGCAUUGAAGCACCACGUGUAAUUCCAUUCAGCCACACCCGCAAUGGAUCUAGUACAACAGUCGGUACCAGAGACUCUCGAAGCAGAUACCCACCGAGCCCCCAGCAGCAAAGACCUCCCACGACUCCUCGCCGUGAGCGUCGCGAUUCUGCCACAUCAAGGACCACGCGCACUUCAGCUACCCGUUCGGUCUACUACGAUGCGUACAGUGAGAUCCCACUUGAUGAGCAGUCCACAUCUCGUCCAUCAAGCAGCUACAACAAAUACAACCAGCCUCGCCCAGCCAAGUUCACGGAGACUUGGAAGCCUACUGACUCGCUCAUCUCCCGAACAAACCAGCGUAAUCGAGAAAUGGAAGCAGCCAAGACGAGUGCAGCUAACCGCCAGAACAAGUCGUAUGAAGCCUUGACUCAACGGUACAUUCACGAUGACUCUGAUUCCGAAUAUGGUGACGAGAACAACCCGCAUUAUGACCUGGGUGUUGAUGGAGAAGACCUUCGACCUCAUCCUCUUCGUCUGAACCCCCCAUCCGAGAAACGAGAACGUGCCUCCCCUCCUCGAAGCAAGACGCCCUACUUCCCUUUCAAGGAUUCCUUGACGGACAUCAGCUCCAACGCAAGACGCGUGAGCGCGAGCAGGGAUAUUGCCGAUGAGAAGCCAGCUUUCACCCCCCAAAACCGACAAAGCUCCAUUCAACCCGAGUCUGCCUUCUAUGCCAGGUCAUACGGUGAACUCACGACAGGAAACUCUCCUGUCAUGGUUGGUUCCGACAGCCGCAAGGUUUCGACAGGCAAUGAUUACAACCAACACGCUUCGCCAGCAUACGGGCGUCGUAAUGUCAGUGGAAAGAUGGCGGAGGAGGGAAGGGCGGCGGGAAACAAGUUCUCAUUUCUUGAUGGACGCAAUCCGCUCGCAGAGAGAAGAUGA